AUGUCGAGACCCGGCGUUCACCCACGUCGCGCUUCCGCUGUGACUGUUCUGCAGGAUGACGGCCGAGUCAAUAUCAAAGUGCUGGGCAAAUUACCCUUUUCCCUCAGAUCCGACCACUCGUUAAGAAAAAGAUGGAAAGCGCCUCGGAAGAAGGACAGGGUCCAAGGUCGCUGUGACGGCGAGAAAGUAUUGCAAGACUUCGCCCACGUUCCGCGCAUGAAUAUUGCCAUCCUCAUCACCGGAUCACGCGGCGAUGUCCAGCCUUUUCUUGCUCUGUCCAAGGUCCUCCAAAGCCCGCCAUACUGUCACCGGGUUCGAAUUGUUACCCAUCCAAACUUCAAAGGAUUCGUCGAGGAGAAUGGCGUCGAGUUCUACUCCAUGGGUGGAGACCCGGAGAAACUGAUGGCCUACAUGGUCCGAAAUCCAUCCAUCCUGCCGUCAAUGGCGUCAGUGAAAGCCGGAGACGUGCGAAUGAGGAGAAGAGAGAUUGCAGAGAUGCUGUACGGGGCAUGGCGAGGAUGCACCGAGGCCGGAGACGGAAUAGAGGAUUCCAACGACGACGACAUUCCAUUUGUCGCCGAUGCCAUCAUCGCCAAUCCUCCAAGCUACGCCCAUAUUCACAUUGCCGAGAAACUCUCGGUCCCGCUCCAUAUAAUGUUUACAAUGCCCUGGUCCCCAACCACAGCCUUCCCGCACCCGCUAGCCAACGUCCAAUCGAGCAAAUCCAGCAACAAGGUGGCCAAUUGGACGUCCUACUACGAAAUGGAUCUUCUGACCUGGGAGGGUCUUAGCGAUCUCAUCAACCGCUUCCGCGUACGAACCCUGGAUCUUGACCCUCUGAGUCCCAUCUGGGGCCAUCAACUUUUCACCCGCCAUGAAGUACCACAUACCUAUUGCUGGAGUGAAGCCUUGAUCCCGAAGCCAGCGGAUUGGGGGCCACACAUCAGCAUCAGUGGCUUCUUUUUCCUGUCCCUGGCAUCGUCCUACACGCCACCACCCGAGCUUCAAGCAUUCCUCGAUGCGGGUCCACCGCCCGUGUACAUUGGUUUUGGUUCAAUCGUUGUCGACGACCCGCAACGACUCACAGAGAUGGUCCUCGAAGCGGUGAAAAAGUCAGGUGUGCGAGCGCUCGUCUCCCGAGGCUGGGGCAAGAUGGGCGGCUCCGACGUACCCGACAACGUUUUCCUUCUCGGGAACGUGCCUCACGACUGGCUCUUCCCGCGCGUGUCCGCCGUUGUCCACCACGGUGGUGCUGGCACGACGGCCAUCGGGAUCGCGCUCGGCAAGCCGACCGUCAUCGUCCCCUUCUUCGGCGACCAGCCAUGGUGGGCGAGCAUGGUGUACCGUGCGGGCGCAGGCCCCGAGGCAGUUCAUUUCAAGAAACUCACGGCUGACAAGCUCGCGCAUAACAUCACCGAAGCGUUGAAGCCCGAGAUGCAGGUCCGGGCAAAAGAAUUAGCAGACAAGAUACGCGGAGAGAGAGGCGCCGAGAAGGCAGCAGAGACAUUCCAUUCCAUGCCUCAGAUGCGGGGCAUGGCUUGCGCAAUAUGUCCGGACAGAGUCGCGGUAUGGAAGGUCCGGUCGACAGGAAUCCAGCUGAGCGCCGCAGCCACAACCAUUCUCGUGGGCAAAGGCCUCAUCGACCCGCACGACCUGAAGCUCUGCGAGCACAAGCGCUGGUACGUCGAAGAAGGCCCACCCGACCCCCUCGCCGCCCUCGUCGGCACGCUCGUCACCUGGGCCCGCGGCUACCAAGUCAUCCUCAGCGACUUCAAACACGACCUCUCCCGCUCUCCCUACCCAACCACCCACCACCGCCCCCCAUCUUCCAACGGCACACCCUCCCCCUCCGCAUCAACCGCCCCCACCAUCACCACCACCGCCUCCACCGCCUCCACCACCAACCCCUCCCCCUCCGCCCUCCAGCUCUCCACCUCCCUCUCCCACAACCCCACAAACACCCACCACCACCACCACCCCCUCAAACCCCCCACCCAUACCCAACAACAAAAGAAACCCUCUUCCAACCCCCUCCCCACCGCCCUCGCCACCCUCUCCUCCCGCCUCGCCCAAAUCACCCUCGUGCGCGGGCCCGCUGCGCUGCUGUACAACGUCGCCAACGGCAUGCACAACGCGCCGUCGGUGCUGCUGCGCGACCCGAGCGUGCGGGGCCCGCGCCCGCGCAUCGACGGCGUCGCGUCCGGGCUGCGCGUCGGGGGGCGCGAGUUUGCGUGCGGGCUCGCGGACGCGGCGGCGGGGUUCGUCGUUUUGCCGGUUUGGGGGUGGAGGGAUGCUUCUGCUGGUGGUGGUCGGGGCCGGGGGAGGGGGGAUGGGCCGGAGGCCGAGGCGAGGAAGAGAGAUAGGUGCGUUGGUGUGGCGAAGGGAUUCGCGCAGGCGCUGGGGGGCGCGCCGUUCAAGGUUGGGGCGGCGGUCGUGGGGCCGGUCGGGUAUGCGGCCAAGGGGGUGGAGAGGCAGAUCGCGGGCUGGCUGGGGGAGGUGGAGAGGAAGAAGGCGAGUGGGGGACGGGUUUUGCAGUUGCCUGAGGAUGUUGGGAGCGAGGAUGUCAAGAGGAAGGUCAGGAGCGCGUGUGGGAAGGCUGGGGGGCAUGAGAGCGUUAGGUGGAUUGUGGAGAGGAGGGUGCUGCAGGGGUGCUGGGAGAUGUCGAGGCUGAGGGAGGAGAUGGGCGGGAGUGUGCAUGAGUUUGCGGAGGAGGUGAUUGGGAAGUGGCAGGCGUUGGAUAGGGGACGGAGGGGGAGCAGGGCUGCGUGA